CCACUCUCCCAUCUCCAAUCCAACUCCCUCCCAGAUGGCCCAUUGGAGAACAACCACCUUUCUCAAAAUCCUCACCAUCCUCUUACUCUCCGUAUUCCACCCGAUCACAGCCGUAAAAACACCCACAGCAACAACUACAACGACAGAAAAACACCUACAUCCAAAAUUCCCAUGCAAACCCCCCCACCAAAACGUAUACCCCUUCUGCAACACCUCCCUUCCCAUCGACACCAGAGCUCAAUCCCUCCUCUCCCUCCUCACCCUCGAUGAGAAGAUCCUCCAACUCUCCAGCAAAGCUGGCCCCAUUCCUCGCCUUGGCCUCCCCGCCUACGAAUGGUGGUCAGAAUCACUCCACGGCAUUUCCACAAACGGCUAUGGUGUCAACUUCAACGGCACAAUCCCCGCCGCUACCAGCUUCCCUCAAGUCCUCCUCACGUCAGCCUCCUUCAACCGGAGCCUCUGGUCUGCAAUCGCCACUGCGAUUGCAGUCGAGGGUAGAGCGAUGUACAAUCUAGGUCAGGCCGGGCUGACGUUCUGGGCACCUAAUAUCAACAUCUUUAGGGACCCCAGAUGGGGAAGAGGGCAAGAGACACCUGGCGAGGAUCCGAUGGUCACAGCAGCCUACUCGGUCGAGUACGUCAGGGCGUUCCAGGGGGAGUAUUUGAGUGGUGGGUCCCAGAAGCUGAUGUUAUCUGCAUGCUGCAAGCAUUACACUGCCUAUGAUUUGGAGAGUUGGGGGAACUUCAGUCGGUAUACUUUCAAUGCUAAGGUGUUGAAGCAAGAUAUGGAAGACACAUAUCAGCCCCCAUUUCGCAGCUGUAUCGAAGAUGGUGGUGCUAGCUGUUUGAUGUGUUCCUACAAUCAGGUAGAUGGGGUGCCUGCAUGCGCACGGCAUGAUCUCUUACAGAAAGCUCGAACUGAAUGGGGAUUUAAUGGAUAUAUCACGUCUGACUGUGAUGCCGUUUCAAUCAUCUACAAAGAUCAGAAGUACGCAUCAAGUCCUGAAGAUGCAGUUGCAGCUGUCUUGAAAGCAGGAAUGGAUAUAAACUGCGGAACGUAUUUGCUUGAGCACACUCAGUCAGCAGUCGAAAAGGGAAAGGUUGGAGAAGAGGACAUCGACCGAGCACUUCUUAAUAUCUUCUCAGUUCAACUACGACUCGGGCUUUUCGACGGAGACCCAAAAAAGCAGCAGUUUGGAAAUUUAGGACCUCAUGAUGUAUGUAAUCAAGAUCACAGAAAACUGACACUAGAAGCUUCAAGACAGGGGAUUGUACUUCUUAAGAAUGAUAGGAAGUUCUUGCCACUGAAGAAGAACACAAUCACGUCGUUAGCAAUAAUCGGCCCUGCUGCGAAUGAUACUAGCAAUUUGGGUGGUGGCUACUCAGGUAUUCCAUGCAAUCCGAAGAGUAUUUUUGAAGGACAUAAGUCUUAUAUACAGAAGACACUGUAUGCCUCUGGUUGCCUUGACGUGCCAUGCAAAUCUGAUGAUGGAUUUGAAGAAGCUAUCCAUGUUGCCAAAAUGGCAGAUGUUGUGGUUGUAGUUGCUGGGUUGGAUCCAACUCAAGAAUCUGAAGAACAUGACCGGUUGAGCCUACUGUUGCCUGGUAAACAGAUGGAUCUUGUAUUGGCGGUUGCCCAUGCGAGUAAAAGGCCAAUCGUAGUGAUCUUGAUGGGUGGUGGCCCGCUCGAUGUCUCAUUUGCAAAAGAUCACCCACUAAUUGCAAGUAUUUUGUGGGUCGGAUACCCAGGCGAAGCUGGCGGGAAAGCAGUUGCAGAAGUAAUAUUUGGAGAAUUCAAUCCAGGUGGGCGGCUGCCAGUAACUUGGUAUCCUGAAUCAUUCACUCAUGUGGCCAUGACCGAUAUGAGGAUGCGGGCCGACCCUUCACGUGGGUACCCUGGAAGAACAUACAGAUUCUACAGAGGAGACGUGGUUUACAGAUUCGGAUACGGCCUGAGCUACUCCGAAUACUAUUACAAGUUCAUAUCAGCGCCUGAUAGAAUCAGCUUGUCAGGAUCUGUUGUUGAGGCCAAUCCAAAUAACAGAUUGGCAUAUGAAAGAAAAGAUGGGUUUGGUUACAUCCACAUUGAUGACGUGGCAUGCUGUGAUGCUUUGAGGUUCAACAUUCAGAUCUCUGUAGUCAAUAACGGCUAUAUGGAUGGGUCCCAUGUCGUCAUGUUGUUCUCUAGAGCAGUUACAAAGCUCAAAGGCGCCCCACUGAAACAGCUGAUCGGAUUCAAACGCUUGAAUACAGUGGCAUACAAAGCUAUUGAAACUAGCAUUUUAAUCGAUCCAUGCAAGCAUUUUAGCAUGGUGAAUCAUGCUGGAUUGAGGGUGCUGUCUCUGGGAGCUCAUGUUCUGAUGUUGGAAGGUGUAGAGCAUUCUAUCUUUAUUGAAACAUAAGAAGGUCAGUUUAUAAGAUUUGUUGUUUGGGGUAUGUGAGUGUUGUAAUUUCUUGUGACAUGUAUUGCAGUUAAAAUUGUAUAAUGUUGUUUAUAAACCUUUCUUAU